UUAUAAAAGCUUGACAUCCCCUCCUACAAACCAUAAGAAAAGUAACUGGGUAUUUUUCUUAUGCGCUGUUGCUUUGUGCGUCCAGUUCAGUGACCGUCCAAACUGUGAAUCUCAAGUUAAAGCCAUGGCCAAGGACAUGACUCUGCUGUGGGGGACCGGCUCUUGUCCCUGUUGGAGGGUGAUGAUCGCUCUGGAGGAGAAGAGCCUGCAGGGCUACAACCACAAACUGCUGUCCUUCGAGAAAAUGGAGCACAAGUCCCAAGAAGUGUUAGAUAUAAACCCCAGGGGACAGAAACUGAUCCCAGAUGGCCCAGCAGAACAAGCUCUGAUGUACCAGCGCAUGUUUGAGGGUCUCACAUUCUACGAGAAACUCAAUGCAGUUAUCUACUAUGACUGGUAUGUCCCUGAAGGUGAGAGACAUGAGUCGGCUCUGAAGAGGAACAAAGAAGCUCUGGUCACUGAACUCAAACUCUGGGAGAGUUACCUGCAGAAGCUGGGCUCAGGCUCUUACCUGGCAGGACCAUCUUUCACGCUAGCAGACGUGGUCGUUUUUCCAACAGUUGGGUUGUCUCCAGAGCGUUAUCCUAAACUGGGAGAGUACUACAAUCUGCUGAAGGAGAGACCCAGUGUCAAAGCCAGCUGGCCUCCUCAUUGGUUGGAGAACCCCAAGGGCCAAGAUGCACUGAAAGACAUCUGAUAUUCAUACACAGAUGUAAACAUGAUGCUGCAUAAUGACAGAGCAGCUCCUUGUUGCCCUUAUGCAUUCUGUGUAUAUCUAACAACAGUUUCUGGUUACUCAUACAUGUUCAGCUUUGUCUAAUAGCAGAAUAACUCAGUCACACUAUCGUAAAGUAAAGAACUAGUUUUCCCUGCUCAAAGCUAGCUCAAAUGCUUUGUGUUUCCAUGACUUUGCAUAGUUCAAUAAUGCAUCCUUUCCACAACUUUGCAUCUUUUUUUUGUCUUUUCAAUAAAAUAAAUGUGCAUUA